CCCACAUGCAAAUGUCUACCAGAGACUUCGAAGUAGUAGUCGCCGUCUCCAAAGUAUAAAAACCUAUACUUGUUCGCCUACCAAUCCAUCCUCAACAGUCCUCCUCUCAACAUCGCAAGCAUCUUCUUCAGCCAAUAUGAAGGUCCCAUCCCUUCUCUCCAUUGCCGCAUUAGUGGCCGUGGUGACCGCGCAGUCCUCGGACAAUGCUGCCGAGUCCGCCGCUGUCACCAAGGGUGACGAUAUUGCCAGUAUGCCUCCUACCGAGAGCCUCGAUAAUGGCCUCGAGCCGCAACGUGGUGGUCCCACCUUGUUCACUGCCUGGUCCUCUCCCGGAUUCAAGGGUCACAAGCAGAGGAACAAGAACACCCCUGGCUGUUACCGUCUCGAUGGUGGUGCCGUCGGCAGCUUCGACGCCUCCCGCUCGUACAAGUAUGCCUUCUUUAAUGACAAUCGCUGCAAGAACAGGAUGAUCUACGGCUGGACAUCUGCACCCAUUAGGCGAUUUAACCCUCUGAUCUACCCCGGGUCCGUCAAGAUCCUCGAGGACAGGCCUGAGCCCCCUAGGCCUCAGCCUCCCAGGCCGCAACCUCCCAGACCUGAUCCCCCCAUGCCGCAGCCCCCCAGACCUCAUCCCUCCCAGCCUAACUCUCCUAGGCCUCAGCCUCCCAGGCCACAACCUCCCAGACCUCAACCUCCCAGGCCUCAACCCCCCAGACCUCAACCCCCCAAGCCGCAACCUCCCAGACCCGAGCCUCCCAGGCCCCAACCUCCUAGGCCUCAGCCUCCUAGGCCGCAACCUCCCAGACCUGAUCCCCCCAUGCCGCAGCCCCCCAGACCUCAUCCCUCCCAGCCUAACUCUCCUAGGCCUCAGCCUCCCAGGCCACAACCUCCCAGGCCUCAACCUCCCAGGCCUCAACCCCCCAGACCUCAACCCCCCAAGCCGCAACCUCCCAGACCCGAGCCUCCCAGGCCCCAACCUCCUAGGCCUCAGCCUCCUAGGCCGCAACCUCCCAGACCUGAGCCUCCUAGGCCUCGACCUCCCGGACCGCCACCUCCCUGGCCUCGACCCCCCGGACCUUGGAGGCAGGAAGAGGAUUAGGACGAUGAGCCCUCGCUCUGUCUACAUUUUCCACUAGACAGUGGCAAACUUACCAUGUCCCAGCAAACUUGGCAUGGCUUGUACAUAGCACAUUACUGAGCGGCACUACUAUAAUGUACGAAUAAACCGCUACAUCUUCAAG